GGAGACGGGGCAUCUGCAAGCUGGAUUUUGUGGAGGAUGCUGCGGCAAGUGAUACACAGAGGGCUCAAGGCUUCUUUCUACUGGUUAGGCUUAUUCGUUAGCAGACACCCCGUUUUCUUCCUCACCGUGCCCGCGGUUCUCACCAUCAUUUUUGGAUCUACGGUGCUAAGCCGAUUCAAACCGGAGACGGACCUCGAGUUGCUGGUGGCGCCGACGCACAGCCUGGCAAAGAUUGAACGAAGUCUGGCCAACAGCCUGUUUCAUAUCGACCAGUCCAAGCACAAACUGUAUUCGGAUUUGCACACACCGGGCAGAUACGGCAGGCUGAUCCUGCUGGCCAAGUCCGGGGGAAACAUCCUGGAAGUGGCUGACCAGGUGCUGCAAGUUCACAAGCAGGUUCUGGAUUUGCGGGUCAAUUACAAAGGAUUCAACUACACGUUCGCGCACCUCUGCGUGUUGAGCCACAGAGACAAGCGCUGCCUCCUGGAUGAUAUCAUCACCAUCUUCGAAGACAUCAGACAGGCUGUGCUUUCCAACAGCACUUUCCACAAGGUGCCCGUCAGCUACCCCAACACGACGUUAAAGGAUGGUCGAGUGUCCUUCAUCGGUCAUCAGCUAGGAGGCGUGUCCUUCUCACCCAACAGCCGGGACCAACAGGUUAAGUUUGCCCGUGCUGUGCAGAUCACGUACUACCUCCGCAACAAUGGACCUGUGGUGCAGGAUGCCAUUGCAGAGCGCUGGGAGAAUGAGUUCUGUGCCCUGGUCAAUCGACUAUCUACUGCUGAAACACCUCAUGGACCAGACCAACUCCACAUCCACUCCCUCACAUCCUUUAGCUUGUGGCGAGACUUCCAUCAGACAGGCGUGCUAGCCAAAGGGGAGGUGUUGGUUAGCCUUGUCCUGGUGCUUAUGGCUGCAACCAUAUCCAGCUCCAUGCGGGACUGUUUGAGGGGGAAACCCUUCCUGGGCCUCCUUGGGGUGUUGACCAUCUGCAUUGCCAACGUGACAGCUACAGGGAUCUUUUUCAUAUCAGAUGGGAAAUUCAAUUCCACACUCCUGGGGAUUCCAUUCUUUGCAAUGGGUCAUGGAACCAAGGGGGUGUUUGAGCUGCUGGCAGGCUGGAGGAGAACAAGGGAAAACCUGCCUUUUAAGGAGCGUGUCGCCGAUGCAUUUGCUGAUGUGAUGGUGUGCUACACGAUGACCAGCUCGCUCUACAUUAUCACCUUUGGCAUGGGAGCAAGCCCUUUCACUAAUAUUGAGUCAGUGAAGAUUUUCUGCCAGAGCAUGUGUGUCGCCAUCCUGGUCAACUACUUCUACGUUUUCUCAUUCUACGGCUCCUGCUUGGUGUUCGCUGGGCAACUGGAGCAGAACCGCUACCACAGUGUAUUCUGCUGUAAAAUCCCUUCAGUGGAGUAUUUGGACCGCCAGCCCACUUGGUUUAAAACGAUGAUGAGUGAUGGCCAUGACCUCUCAACACACCAUGACAGUGUCCCAUACCAGAACCAUUUCAUUCAGCACUUCCUUCGUGAACACUACACAGAGUGGAUUACCAACACCUAUGUCAAGCCCUUUGUGGUUAUUCUCUAUCUCAUCUAUGCUUCUUUCUCAUUCAUGGGAUGUUUACAAAUCAGUGACGGUUCAAACAUUGUAAACCUUUUGGCGAGUAACUCUCCAAGUGUUUCAUAUGCACUGACUCAGCAGAAAUACUUCAGCAACUACAGUCCUGUGAUUGGGUUCUACAUUUAUGAGCCCAUUGAAUACUGGAACUCGACAGUGCAGGAGCAUUUGAAGACACUUAGUCAUGGCUUCAACAAGAUCUCUUGGAUUGAUAACUUUUUCCACUACCUACGGGUGGUGAAUGUGAGCGCAUCAACCAAGAGUGACUUUAUCAAUAUCCUCAAAGGCUCAUUCCUGCGGAGCCCUGAGUACCAGCACUUCACAGAGGACAUCAUAUUUUCCAAGAACCGUGAUACCAAUGAGUAUGAUAUAAUUGCCUCACGCCUGUAUUUGGUGGCACGGACAACAGAAAAGAAGCGUGAGGAGGUGGUGGAACUUCUAGAGAAGCUUCGCCCACUAAUGCUGAUAAACAGUAUUAAAUUCAUUGCCUUCAAUCCCACAUUUGUGUUCAUGGACCGUUACAGUUCCUCUGUCAUUUCUCCAAUCCUGACCUCAGGCUUUAGUGUACUCACCAUCCUUAUUCUUACUUUCUUCCUUGUCAUUAACCCCUUGGGGAACUUCUGGCUCAUCCUCACAGUUACGUCAGUGGAGCUUGGCGUCUUAGGUUUGAUGACUCUUUGGAAUGUUGGUAUGGACAGCAUCUCAAUCCUGUGCCUUAUUUAUACCCUAAACUUCGCCAUGGAUCACUGUGCACCACACCUAUAUACCUUUGUGCUGGCCACCGAGCACACGAGGACGCAGUGCAUCAAAUUGGCACUGGAGGAGCAUGGUGCGGCCAUCCUGCAGAACACAUCUUGCUUUGUGAUUGGGAUCAUACCUUUAGUGUUUGUGCCUUCCAAUCUGACCUACACACUGUUCAAGUGCUCACUCCUCACAGCCGGCUGCACCUUGCUUCACUGCUUCGUCAUCCUGCCUGUCUUCCUCACCUUCUUCCCACCAUCUAAAAAGAGACACAAGAAAAAGAAACGGGCUAAGCGGAAAGAAAGGGAGCGGGAAAGAGAGAGGGAAAGAGAGAGGGAGGAGAUCGAGUGCAUAGAUGUGAGAGAGAAUCCUGAUCAUGUGACAAAUGUCUGA